UUCUGAUAAGGUUAUCGACUUAUUGAGGCUUGUCCAGGACAGAAAAUGGCACACUUAGAAGUGCAUAACAAGAGGUACAAAACAAUGGAAAUACGGGCAUUUCUUCAGACACGUCCUUUGUUCCUCUCAAGAGUUGAACUCAUCUGUGGAACCUGUUUGCUUACCCAUACGAGACACAAAACAGCCCUGCCAGUUAUAUAAUUUGGACAAUGACACACCAUACAUACGGUACUCAAAACAGUGACAAAGUAUCCUACAGUCUUCCAAGCGAUACCUUGACAGUGUUUGCUCUAAGGAGACUACACAGAUCCUUAGAGUGGGAUUCCACUUCCAGCCAAAGGGGGCUUCAAGCCUGACCUUUUACACACACACAUCUAUUGCUGCAACCCAACCCUCAGCUAGGCUACCAGCUCCAUGAAAACCCUCCCACUACUAGAACUACAAGGCUAGAUGUUCAACUCUCUCUCACUGCCGUGGUUUCCUUAGAGAUCCUCUGUAACCCAGGCUUGGUCCCCAUGAAUUCAUACAAAUAGAACAAAGGAAUCUGAAGGAGACCCUCCCAAGGAAAAGUCUUCUGUGUCUAAGGAGAAGAGAGGGGAAACGACUACCUUUGAAUAUGAUGAAGUGCUUGCUCGGCCUCAAACGGUGCCUGGGACCCAAUGUUUACACGGAGGUCCCCGAUGGGGGCUGGGGCUUUGUGGUGGCGGUGGCCUUUUUCCUGGUCGAGGCCUUCACCUACGGAGUCAUCAAGACCUUCGGGAUCUUCUUAAACGAUCUUAUGACGGACUUCGACGAGACGAAUAGUCGAAUAUCAUGGAUUCUGUCCAUCUGCGUGUUUGUCAUGACAUUUACAGCCCCGCUGUCAUCGUUGCUAAGCAACCGGUUUGGGUUCCAGCCGGUGGUGAUGCUUGGAGGGUUCCUCAUCUCUCUAGGCAUGGUCACGACAGCCUUCACUACCUCCGUUAAUCAGAUGUACGUCACCAUGGGGAUCAUAGCAGGGUUGGGCUACUGCCUUACGUUCCUCCCCACGGUCACGAUUCUCUCCCAGUAUUUUGAAAAGCGGCGCUCCAUAGUGACCUCCAUGGCUUCUACAGGGGAGUCCAUUGCCAUAUUUGCUUUUGCUCCAGCAUUUACGGCACUCAAAGCCAAAAUUGGCUGGAGGUACACGAUGGUGGUGAUCGGGCUCCUCCAGGGUUCGAUCAUCAUCUGCGGGGCCCUUCUUCGGCCCAUCGUGAUCAAGCCUUCACCAGAAGACCGGAGCAGCAAGGAGCAGCUCCAGCAGUCCAGACAGUCCUCCAAACAGCAGCAGGCCCGGCUGGCUCUGGACAAAGACCAACUCCACGGCUCCGUCAGCUCCGGAGACUCAGGGGUUCAGUCGCUGGAAGACCCCGAACUUGGAGGUCAGAAGGCAGCAGAGAAAGAAGAAACGAAGGCCCUCUCUCCAAAACCACCACCACCACCACCCACCAACGAUGAAAAGAUGUCGAGAUGGUCCAACAAGCUUCUUGAUCUUUCCGUGCUGAAGGAAGGCAGCUUCCUGUGCUACUCGGCGUUCGGCCUGUUCGCCACGUUGGGCUUCUUCGCACCGCAGCUGUACGUGGUGGAGCUGAGCGUCAGCCGAGGCGUGGACCGCGACAAGGCCGCCUACUCGCUCUCCAUCAUGGCAGUCGCAGAGAUCUUUGGACGCCUCUCCAUCGGCUGGCUCAUGAGCUGGCGGCGCAUGAGGAAGAUCUUCGUGCUGCUGGGCUGCGUGACACUGCUGUGCGUGGUGCUGGUGGUCUUCACACUGGUGGACGGCUUCUGGGGCGUGGCGGCCUGCUGCGUCUUCUACGGCUUCCUGCUGGGCAACGUGGCGUCCACCCACAUCCCCAUGCUGGCCGAGGACGACGUGGUGGGCAUACGCAGGAUGGCGUCCGCCGCGGGGGUCUACGUCUGCAUACAGAGCUUCGCCGGCCUGGGUGGACCACCGCUGGGAGGUGUUUUGGUGGACAUCACAGGGAACUAUGGCUCAGCGUUCUACUCCUGUGCAGUGGGCAUGGCGUUGGGAGCCUUGUUUCUCGGACUGGUGCGGCCAGCCAAGACCGGGAGGUUGCCGUGCUGGAAAAAGCAACCGGAGCAGCAUAACAGCCUAACGCCUGAAAGGGACAGCCCAGCCAGGGAGAGCUCCCCUGAGGACUUUGUUGAAGAGGACAUCUGCCUCGAAACAGAACAAAAGGACAGCUAAUGAAAAAGCCAUUGUGGCCUGGAAGUGCAAAAGUAAUUAGUUUGCCAAGUGCCACAAUACUUUAAAAAAAAAACUUUUUGAAAACAUGUAAGGUAAUAUUUUAUCAUUGUAUUUUUUGCACUUCUGGGCCACCGUAUGAAGGCUUUUGGAGUUGCAACACUAUCUCAUCCCUACGUGCCACUUUUCAACCCAUUGACCAGGUGGCAACAUUUGACGCCGACGCUGAACUGAAAAACACGCCCUUGUGGCAACAUAACUUUACUGAUGGUUAGGUUUAGGUCUAGAUUUAGGUCAAGGUAUGGGCAUCUACUCCAAGAUGAGUCGGUAUGACUGUGGAAUACUGCUGCUUGGUGAAAUGGCGUUGAAAAACGACGGCAGGGGUGUGAGGACGCGUUGGGAGUGGAGUGAAGUGACAACUGGAUAUGCUGCUUUUACGCACAUCGUUUGCACAACAGGCCGUUGCCUGCUGAGGCGGAAAUCCCAGGUUAUGAUUGUAAAAAAGGGCCAUGUAGUUCUUCCAGCCAACUUACUGAUGCAGCGGAUCCUAAUUAUUACUACUACAUCUCUUCUACCAGGAAGAUGGUUUAUUGAAUUGAUGGUGAAUUUCAAACAUUAAUUGGAAGUCACCUGUUUCCCCAAGUCCCUCAAGUUGGGUUGUCAUGUGUCAAGCUGGUAGGCUACUAUUUCAUAAUCUUUUACGCAACUGAGUAGGUCGUAAAAUGUAGCCGAACAUAGUUGUACCCUACAAUUCUACAGUCCUACAAAGCCUAAAUGUAGUAACUAAAUAUUUUUUUGUCUACUUGAGUUUAGACUUCCCAUCAAUCUCAUAACAUUUUUUUGUGGAUAAAUCUUUUGGAUCUUAGAUAAAGCUCGUAGAACCUAUUGUAUGUUCUAAGUUGAACCUGUUACACAUAACCUGUUUAUCUGUGUUUGUGUAGUUAAUGCAAUUCACCAUUGUAGAACAGAGGAAUAACAUCAGAUUGUAAA